CGAUUGGAAGCUUCAAAGGAGGAUGCAACUGAUAAUAAAGAUCAUUCAGCUGUUAGUCUCGCAAACCCGUUACUUGAAUCCACAACUAACUCUGAAACUGAGGUGCAGACGGCUUCUCGAAGCUUUAGUUAUUACACCAACCCAAUGGCUGCGUAUUCUGGCAACAAGCAGAGGAGCCAGGUCAGCCCUCAGAUAUCACAGAAUAUUUCAUCCACUCCAAGCUUGCGGACCAACGAAACCACAUAUAAACCAAUCACCAAAUCCGCAAAUGCAGCAACCACGGGGGUAUUAUGCAAGUUGUAAUCAUGCUUAUUCAUCUAACCCACCGCAAAGUAGCUCUUUACUGAACCCUAGUUGGAGGGGCAAUAGUCCUCACCCUAGAGGUUACUAUAGCCCACUAGGUGUCGGUUUUCCUAGCCCGCAAACCCACUUCACCAGUGGUCCAAGAUAUGGGAGAGGGAGAGGUCGUGGGUCAGGACAGGGUGGAGGGCGAGGGCGAGGGCGGGGCCAUAAUCAAGUAUCGGCAGAAGAACAACGGCCCGAUUGUUUCUUCAACAAGUCAAUGUUGGAAGACCCUUGGAAGUUACUAGAACCAGUAAUUUGGAAGUCACUCAAAAAGCAGUGGCUUCCACCUUCUCUUAAUGCGAAAAAACCUAGAGUUUCAGAAUCUCAAAGACAGUCUAGUUCACAACCUAGCCUUGCUGAAAUAUUGGCUGCAUCUUUUAAUGAAGCUGUAGAGGAUGUACCCGAUGCUGAAUGAUUUUUCUAAGGUUUUGUUUGGAUUUGUUUAUGGAGGAUGACGUGAUGUGCAGACUUUGAAUUACAAAUCAUAGUCUAGGCCCUCUCACCACGGAUCCUACGUGCAAGCUGGAUAUCCUAAGGCUUGAUCGUUACUCGUUUAGCAUGAAUCACGCACAUAUUAGUGUCCACGCUUCAGCAGCCUCCUGGAGAUCAGCUACAGCGGAGCUCGGAAAUCGUAGAUCUGUUUUGAAAUCCUGUGAGCGAUUUCUCUCACGAGCCUCUGGAAUGGAAGUUUCAUAAGCUCAGUACUCUUCUGAUACCUCUGGUAUAUCUCUAGGCCUGAGUCUUUGUGUGGCUUCUUUACACCUCGGGUGACGGAGCAGACUUCCGUAAUAGUCAUUUUUCCACAUUAUAUCUGUGUGUAGCUUCCCGUUGAAUAUAAAGUUUUAGAUGAAUCUUUCUACACAACCAUUUUGUAAUAUUACUGUGAAUACCGAAAAUGUUGGGUUUCCCCAACAUUUUUGUCCAAU